AUUUUCCAUGAUUACCUCUCACUGCUCAUAAUAUUCCGAACGAUUUAAGCAAUUCACAAGUGGGUUAAUAUCAAUUUCAUCAUAUUACCAAUUUUACAUCAAGAUGGACGUUAAUAAUUCUACCAUUGACAUGAAUGAGCUUUCUGGACUGGAUCUCGAUGCUGAAGCGGAUAUUGAGGAACUGAAACCAGCUAUACCAAUUCCACUUACUAGUGCUAAAGGACCUGGCCUUACAACGCUCAAAAUUGAGUAUAAUGAUGACCUACCAGAGUAUCCAACAAGUCAUAUUGAUGGAUAUUCAUAUGUUGUUGCAUCAAGAGGGCGAUCACAGCUUGAAAUGGAGCAACUUGCACAUGACAUCCAAUAUGCAAAACGACUGCAAUAUGGACAGAAACGACCAGUCUAUUGCCCUUUUUUUAGAUGCCAUGUCAAAAAAUGGACCUGGAAAUGCUCUGGAAUCUAUGCAUGUGAAUUUCUGAACUCAUUCCUUCAAUCCCGUCAUCAUACCUUUGUUGAUGAUGUUAUUUGGCAAGAAAUCCAAAAGUCUCAAAAGGAUAUUCAGCUCUUAGAGUCUGACCUUGGCAGACGGAAUGCAUACAGCUACUAUCGAUCCAAAGUUGCUUUCUUUGAGAAAGGCCUUGCCUGUAUUGACCAACACCCUUCUUGUAAACCAGUUUUCAAGAGAUACAGCCAAAUGAAUGUUCAUGGCGAAUAUGAUCCUUAUAUUGGCUGUAUAAAUGAAUCGUAUGGUGUCUUGACAAAACAUCAUAGAGGAGCAAUUCAAGGCCAUACAGUGAUUAACUUGCAGUUUCUUGAAGAUCUCUUUAAUAAAGAGAUUAUACCAGCGACUGAAGAGUGUGGUGUUUUUGAAUCAUUGUCAUCCCGACGAAAAUACUGUGGCCGGGAUCAUCCUCAAGGAUCAGGUCGAUUGCAACAUACACCUUGUGAUGUUAUCUUCAAUGCUCUAGUCCCAGUUGAUAUAGGCCAAUGCCCAUAUAUAUUAUUCACAUCACAUGGUGUGCAUAAACACCCACCACCACCCCCAACCAAAGCACCAGAGCGGAUCUUACAGGGAGUGAAAAGGAUCAUACAGCAGAUCCGUGAUCCAAGUUUAACCACUGCACAAUUCCUGCGAAAUCCACAGCUAGAGGCCUUUUGUCAGCAGCAUAAUGCUUCUACAUUGACAGAAAUCCACUCAAGCUUCUGUAAUAAAGAUCGAAUUGCAGCAAUUAUCCAAAAACAGCGCCUGCUUUCAUAUCCAAGCGGGCAGGAUGUCAAUGGUCUCAUUUUCCUUGAAAACACUGAUCAACAU